AAAAAGUCAAUAUUUACUCUACAAAGAAAAAUCUUUUUCAUCGCGAGUUUUCUUAUUUUUCGUGGAAAUUAAAGCAUUUUGAUAAAAAAAAAAUCAUGUCCUCGACUGACGACAUUCCCCUGGCAGAUGAAGACUCUCAAGUCAUUAUAAAUGAUGAGGAGUCCCUGCCCAGGAAUAUGACCAACGGACGGUCUCUGGAUUCACUGCCAAGCACAUUUAGCUCAAGUCCACCACAUUCGCACAGCCUAGAGCAGGAUUUGUCACCAGAUGAGCAUGAGGAGAAGGCUCGACUUAUCACACAAGUUCUGGAGCUCCAGAACACCCUCGAUGAUCUCUCCCAACGCGUCGACAGCGUGAAGGAGGAAAAUCUUAAGCUUCGAUCGGAAAAUCAAGUCCUCGGGCAGUACAUUGAGAAUCUCAUGUCAGCUUCAUCCGUUUUUCAAUCCACCACGCCCAGUGCGAAUCCGAAGAAGAAGUAGACAUCCCGUCGUAGUGCCCCAAUUUAAUUGAUUUCUUAUAACACCAAAGAUUUCACAUCGAUAUCCGCUUACUUCCCAGAAAAUUUCCACGAAGGAGAUAUUCUGGGGGAACUACACAAAACGCCUGGACCGAUUUUACUAAUUGACCUGAAUCUCACAUCUGUGCAAAGUCAUACUGCUUGAUUACUCAUUAUAUACUUUUUAACUGAUAAUUUACUUAUCUAUUCUAUUGUAUUUUAUAUAAGUCGCUUAAAAUAAAGAUUAAAUGAUGCUUUAAAAAUUACAA